CCCACAGCCCAAUCUCUUCAUCUCAAAACCAUCAAUCUACAACUCCAUUUAUCUGCAGUUUCUUUCUCUGUUUCCUUUCUCCAACACCUUCACCAUGACGUUUCUCUUCUUUCUUGUCUUCUGUUUCGUCAGGGCUGCUUCAACAAGCAAUAUUGUGAAGUAUGAUUCUAUUUACAGUUUUGGGGACUCUCUUGCUGACACCGGAAACUUCCUUCGCUCCGGUGCCCUUGCAUUCCCGGUCAUUGGAAAACUCCCCUACGGCGAGACAUUCUUUGGACACCCUACCGGGCGGUGCUCUGACGGGCGGCUCGUGAUCGAUUUUAUUGCUGAGGCGUAUGGUUUGCCUUUUGUGCCACCCUAUCUUUCACUGGCCGAAGGCCAAACUCCCAAGCAUGGGGUGAACUUUGCGGUUGCUGGCGCCACUGCACUUGAUGCAAAGUUCUUCAUUGACAAAGGCGUCGGGCAAAUUCUAUGGACCAAUGAUUCUCUAAGUGUUCAGCUUGGCUGGUUCAAGAAGUUCAAGUCCACUCUUUGCAAUACUACUAAAGAAGGGUGUAACAAUUACUUCAAGAGAGCCCUAUUUCUAAUGGGAGAAAUUGGUGGGAAUGAUUAUAACUAUCCCUUUUUCGUUGGUGCAAGCAUUAAUGACAUGCGAGCAAUGGUAGCUUUAGUUGUCAAAACAAUUGUUGAAGCCACCACAAUGUUGAUAGAGGAAGGUGCGGUGGACCUGGUGGUGCCAGGAAAUUUGCCGAUCGGCUGCUCGGCUGUGUACCUGACCUUGUUCAAGAGCCCUAACAAAACAGACUAUGAUCAGAAUGGAUGUUUGAAGGUAUACAAUGCUUUCUCAAAGUAUCACAAUUCCCAGCUGAAGCUUGCUCUGGAGAAACUCAGACAAAAAUACCCACAAGCAAAGAUCAUCUACGCUGACAAUUACGGGGCUGCAAAGCGAAUAUUUCACUCGCCAGGGCACCACGGGUUUUUGCAUGGAGCUACGAGGGCCUGUUGUGGAGGAGGCGGGCUUUACAACUUCAACAAUUCAGCAAGGUGUGGUCACACUGGCUCCAUCGCAUGUAAAAGCCCCUCAACCUAUGCCAAUUGGGACGGAAUCCACUUAACUGAGGCUGCUUACAAGUAUAUCGCUACGGGCUUGACGAGUGGAACCUACACUUCACCACCCCUUUCAUCAGUUUAAUUAUGGCCAGCAUUAAUUGCAUAUAUAUAUAUAAGCUUGUG